CUGAAGGAAACUGGAGGAGUACAAUAUGACUUAGCUUGGGUUUAUCUUAGUGCUUUCAUAACUGAAAAGGCCAUGAAGUGGAGCUUCGCAUGCACUCUCAUCUUCAUUCAGCUCUUUGAAGUCCAUGGAGAGCUGACCUUCAGGCAGCUGACAGAGAGCCAGUCACUGGAGCUCUCCUGCUCCCCUCAGCAGGAGCAUGGCGGCCUGACGGGCCUCCACCUUUACCACCGAAGUGUCCAGAGCCAGACGACCCUGCUGUCGAUGGCUGAGGAUGGAGAGCUCAGGGUCGACCCGGAGCACAGGGGGCGUCUGCAGCUCUGUGGAGGGCUGGACUCCCUGCAGGUCAAUGUGACCGUAACCCAUUUACAGCCCAGUGACACUGGCCUCUACAUAUGGGAGCUGACCUACAGAGAUCAUCCUCAGAUCAUCCUCAGCACUGAAGAGGUUUUCUUGUUGGUUGAAGGGACAGGGAGGUCAUGCCAGUGCUCCCCCAGGUACCCUCCACUGCUCUUCACCGUCUUUGCAGCAGCAGGGCUUCUUCUGCUCACCCUCAGCUGCCUGGCUGUAGAGAAAUGUGUGAAGGUGAGGCAUCAUCACAGACGGCAACCUUCUGUUCCCAUCUAUGAGGAAAUGACCAGGAAGCAGCAGAGCGCCGGAAUCUCCCAAAAUAACCACGAGGCCCCCUCACACCUGGAGGAAGUGAACUUCCCCGUGUAUACUAACCCCAACAUUCGACAGCCACAGGACAACUACUACGCCUGUCCCAGACAGCUCGCCCUCAGAGCCUGACGUGACUUCUGGCAUUGACCUAAUGGUGCAGCAAACAUGUACUGAGCAACAAGCAAGCAACAAGCAAGCAACACCAGCUCUACCGCAGAAGUAUGAGAGCGAGAGGGGACUUCUCGUUCAGGAAAUAAGAAGGAUCUGUUUGACGGAAGACAGACACCAAAUAACCAAACGGCACAUCUUUAACAGCCAAGAAAAAAAAAAGCUAUUUUAUUAAUAUUUGAAAGAAGCUCCAUAGUUCAUGAAAACAUUUGUUUCGGUGCAUGUCAUUUAACAAUCACAUUCUAUGAGGAGAAAGAGAUAUACAGAGAAAAAAUAAAACAUUACAAGCCACUGACUUUUCAUUAAAUCUCAGUACAGACAUUUUUACUUAAUAUUAAAAAAAAGGCCCAAAAAAAAAAAAAAAAAAA